CCCACUAUCAUACAUCGCCUUCCGGCAAGACGCCACCACGUGCAAAGCACACAGCAGGCCACCGGCCUAGUCAUUCCGAACGACAGCAUGGAUUCUCCUACAUUAGCAGCCGCAAGCGAGAUUCGGAUCCAAAAGGCUCUUUCAACAUCCAGCAUGGAUUCAAGUCAGCAUUCUGAUGCCGAGGGCAAAGCCUCCUCGCCAGAGCCUUCUUCGUCGAAAAAGCGAGCCGUCUCCCCGGACCCCAGCGGUGCAGCAAAAGCCACGAAAAGGCGUGCUGCAAGAGCAUGUGUUUCGUGCAGAGCCAGAAAGGUUCGUUGCGACGUCGUCGAAGGCGCGCCUUGCGGCAACUGCAGAUGGGAUAACGUUGAAUGCGUGGUACAAGAAAGCCGUCGCAGAAAGAAGAACAUUUUCGACUCGAAGGCGUCCGGGAGUGCCAAUGGCACUGCCCCUCAAAGUGCCGAGGUACAGCAACAACAGCCACCACUCAAGGCCAAGGCACCAGUCAACAGCAGCGUCAGCAUCACACCGCUGCGCCGAGCCAGCACUGUCUCACAGAUCUCGUCCAACAAUGCUCAGACGAUCGGCAGCAGUCACAAUGACGCGGGCCUGCCAGCAGGGGCUGACACGCGCCUCCCACAAGCGCUCCACCAGCAAAGUGCCAUGCCGCUCGAUCCAGUCAUGUUGGCCAGACUCCAGGCCGCGGGCAACCAGGGCACCAAGUACCCCAGCAUCUGGCCAAACCUGCGCACCGCCAGCCAAGCUUCGAUUCCAGCGUUAUCCAGCGAAAGCAGAGCGGCGCAGUUUGGCAGCCGCUUUGAGACAAGUAAUCAUUCGCCGUUCCUGGCUCCUUUUAUCCGGCCGCUUCCAAGCAAGAUUGUCCCCGAGGAUGUCGCAUAUCUGCAGACCAAAGGGGCCUUGACCUUGCCCGCAGCUCCGCUGCAGAAUGCUCUGCUGCAGGCUUACAUCGAGUAUGUACAUCCGUACAUGCCCUUACUCGAAAUUCGGGAUUUUUUGAGUGUCAUCAACUCGUCCGAUGGCAUGUCGGGACAAACCAGUCUGCUGCUAUACCAAGCUGUGAUGUUUGCUGCCACAGCCUACGUUGACGUCAAGUGGCUCCACGGCGCUGGAUAUCCAAGUCGUAAGGCAGCUCGAAAGUCAUACUUCAACAAGACCAGGCUGCUGUACGAUUUUGAUUACGAGAGCGAUCGUCUCAUCCUAGUGCAGUCUUUGUUGCUCAUGACGUACUGGUACGAAACUCCGGAUGACCAGAAAGAUACGUGGCAUUGGAUGGGCGUAGCUAUAUCACUUGCCCACACCAUUGGACUCCACCGCAAUCCGGCACGAACCAGCAUGCCAGUUCACAAGCAAAAACUAUGGAAGCGGAUAUGGUGGUCAUGCUUUAUGCGUGACCGCCUGGUCGCUCUCGGCAUGCGCAGACCCACUCGGAUCAAAGACGAAGACUUUGAUGUGCCGAUGCUCGAAGUAUCCGACUUUGAGAUCGCGACACUACCCGACGAGAUCGAAAUCAUUGGUCCGGAGUGCUGCAUGGUCCGCGACACUGCGAUUCAGCAAGAGCUUGCAUUGAUGUGUAUCGCCAAGGCGAAGCUGUGCCUCUGCGUCAGUCAUAUGCUGCGCGCACAGUAUUCGGUCCUCAUUCGCGAUACGACCAAGCCGGAAAACACGACAAAUAGCACGAUGAUGCUGUUUCCAAACAAACAGCUCAACAGCUUUGAGAAAGUCAAUGCUUGCGAUGCGGAGCUCAUGGCCUGGCAACAAUCGCUACCCGCUUGCUGCCAGUACCAACCUUUGACGCCGGCUGAUUUGCAAAACGGGCGGGCGACAAUUGCGGUGCAGCGUAAUCUGCUGCACAUGGUUUUCUACACGACGAUCUCGGCACUCCACAGACCGCAAUUCCUUCCGUCAUCACCUCAUCAGGUACCUCAGGUCUCGAUACAGAUGCAAGACUUCUCUCGCAUGCGGGUCCGUGAUGCCGCCAUGCACAUCACCCGCAUGGUGGCAGAGCUUCACAGCCUCCGCCUUGAGAAGUUCCUCCCCACGACGGGCGUCACGGUCAUUCUCCCGGCUUUGAUCAUCCAUCUGUUGGACAUGAAGAGUCCUGUUCCACAGGCUCGCGAUGCUGCGACGAGGGGAUUCCGCAAGUGCAUGAGGGUCAUGGAGAAGCUCCGCGACAUCUACGCAGCCGCCGACUAUGCUGUGGCUUUCCUUGAUGCCGCUCUGCGCAAAGCUCAGGUUGAGACCAUGGCCCUCGCCAGGGCAAACCAAGGCGUGGCGACGCACAAUAUCGCCGAUCUGAAAACGCUUCGACCACAGUUUACGGUGCCACCACCCACAGCAAUGGACGAUGUCACAACGCCACCACCGGAAUCCCAGCAGGCGUUUGUUGUUGAGAAUAGUAGCCACGUUCAAGACUUCGCCAGUCCAGUCAUGCUCCAGCAGCAUCAGCAGCAGCAGUUCGUUCCACCAGCUGAUCUCAUGGCACCGGCUCACGAAGGUGUCUCGCCACCUCACUCGGAUAAGGACAUGCUUACUCCCAGUGCGAGUGGCUCGUCUGACGAGAACGAGGCACCGCUGGACAUCGACAUGGACUUUGAUGCCAUGGACAACCAGGACGAGUUCGACUGGAAUGCACUUACGGGCACCAACAUCGAUUUCGACCAGUGGCUGCACUAUCCCCAGGCCGAUGGUAAAGAUGCCAUGGCCGUAGGCACGAUGAGCAUGGCUGACGCGGAUGGCCCAACGAGCUUCCUUGGGAUGCUUGAUGCGCCGGAAACGACAGCUUAACGAUGGUCUCCUACUUUGCUGGCAGGCUUGAUUUGGUUUCUCUUUCUUUUUGGCACUUGGUCAACUCGUAACGAAGUUAUGAUUACUUUUUGGGGUCUUACGAACCCUGGGCGGCGUUCACUGGGUGAGGGAAAAGCACUUUUGACUUUAGUAUUUUGUCCAUCACUACCCGUUUGAUUCUAUACAAGUUCGAUGAGAUACCCCAGAGCUCG